CAAGUGGAAGAAGCAGCGACAUGAACGCCUUGUACAUUACCACCAUCCUCGCCGCUGUUUUCGCCACCACUAUCGCUGGUGACAUUGGUUACGGCAUUGGCUAUGGUGGUGGCUACGGCGGUGGCUACGGUGGCGGCUACGGCGGUGGCUAUGGUGGUGGCUACGUUGGCGGCUACGGCGGCGGCUACGGUGGCGGCUACGGUGGCGGCUAUGGCCUAAGUUAUAAUGGAGGCAUAGGCGUCGGCGGUGUUGGUAUUGGAAGCAGCGUGGCUCUUCUUCGAGGAGGACCUGGACUGUAUAAGGCUGUGGCUGGUCCGGCAUUCUUGGUCAGAACCGUGCACCAAGUGAACAAGAUUUCCGGUGGUGGGGCACUUCUCGCCCAUUCUGGCGUUGGUGGAGGCUACGGAUACGGUGGUGGUUACGGAUACGGUGGCGGCUACGGAUAUGGUGGCAGUUACGGAUACGGUGGCUAUGGAUAUGGUGGCUAUGGUUACAAGGGAUGAUUGGGAACUUGUGGAAUUGGACUUUUUUUUGACACCGUAAAAGAUCCAUGCCUCAAAAAUAGUAGCACUAUGUCUUUGUUUUUGAGUGUUCUAUUUCAUUCACACAAACACAACUGCUAGCGCUACUGCAACGCUAAUUCCAAAAACACUUCUCUGAAAUGGCAGUGUUGCAGUACUGGAGUCUUUCAUAUCUAUCAAAAAAAAACAAGUCGCAUAACGAGGUUAUACAUGUAUGUCAUCUCACUACAGGUUUUCUGAAGAGAAUUUAGUUUCAAUUCAUCUUCAUUCUGUGCAUUGUUUAUAACACAUUCAUCGUACCAAGUUUUGGCGGAAGACGCGGCUGAAUAUUGUAGUGUUAUGUCUUUUCCAUUGUAACACCACAAAGAUGCCGCUGUAAAAACAGAGAGCGCUGAGAUCUAAUCGUCCAUCUCGAAAAGAGAAACGAUGUGGAUAUGUUCGGCAUUUUGUACAGUUGUUUAGCACUCAUGGAGAAAUAAAUUGAUUUCCUCUUCAAAUCGAAAGU